UUAAUUCUAAUAUUUGGUUAUUUACUUUUUACAAAUAAGUAAUUCCCCCAAUCCGCGUACUUUUCGUGCAUCUGGCAACCGCGCAACAGGCUGCGUAUUUUCCUUGGGCACGUAAUGCGGGCACGGCGCAUGCGCUGGGAAUCCCGUACCGUCUGUUGGUCGGCUGCACGCGAACAGCUUUCUCGCCAGUUUACGAGUACCAUGAGUCUUCGAAAGAUCAUUGCGUAAAAAAACGAUUAUUUAACGAAUUCGCCCCUUUUAAUUUCAGUUUAGUUUUUUUUGUGCCACCCAUUAACGUCUAGUUGGAUUUUACGAUCGAAGUGUGCUGUUUAGGCAGUGUUUUGUUUAUUAGAAAGUUGACAUUUUGUGUGGUUACGAAAUUCAACAAAAAUGUCAUCGAAAUUUACAGAUAUCGGCAAAGAGGAGAACAAUGAGGCGACUACGGAUAGUGGGUUUAUAAGUGAUUACUUAACUUCGACAGAAAUCACGCAGGAAUUAGCUUCGCAUCCCGAAAUUCAGUCAAUUGUGGAGGAAGAAGAAGAGAAAGAAAAUAUGCAACUACCGCUGGACAGUGGCGUGUGCCUCAGUUUUUCCGAGCUAAGUCUGGAAAAAUCCGAUCUAAACAACCUCAGCAAACCUCAAAUCAAAACGACAAGCUGCACGACCACGAGCAACAAAGAAAACACGGAAAUUUGGAGGAAAUACUACGAGCAAGACAAGGAUGGUGACACUUUUUUUUCCAGGCACUUGCACGUCACCAUCGUCUGCGGGCGCAAAGAAUUGGUCGAAGCCCUGGUGAAAAUCGCCCCGCACCACAGACUUCUGGACACCCCUAACGACGACGCGCAAACUCCCCUUCACCUGGCCGUCGAGACGCACCAGCACCAGAUUGUCCGGCUACUUUUGGUCGCUGGCGCAAAAAAAUCCCCCAGAGACAUAAGAGGCAACACGCCUCUGCACGUCGCAUGCCAAAACGGCGACAUCGACUGCAUUAAAGCCCUGCUCGACCCCGUGCAAAAGAUCGAACGCGACUUGCUCAAUCUGAGCUACCAACCCCCGCAAAUCUACAACGACGUCGACCUGAACCAAUGGAACUAUGUUGGUCAAACUUGCGUGCACGUGGCGGCCUCAAACGGCCACGUGGACGUGCUACGUCACUUGUACUGGUACGGGGCGAAUAUCAACGCGCGCGAGGGAUGCUCCGGCUACACAGCCCUGCAUUUCGCCGUGGAAAAUAGGCACGAGGAGGCGGUCAAAUUUUUGCUCGACGAGUGUCCGAAGUUGGACGUAAACGUGACCACGUACGGCGGUAAAAGCGCCCUUCAAACGACCCCGUACAUAUCCCAAGCCAUGACCAGCAUGCUGACGGUCAAUGGAGUCAGUCCCUACAAUAGCGAGGAUGAAUACGACGACGAAUCCGACGACGACGAGAUGCUGUACAACCCAGUUUUGCCAGUGCGAAAUAUGGUGGGUGCAACCGCCUAGUUAAAUCAAUUAGAAAAUCAAAAAACCAAUAGGAGAAGAAUAAAGAAGCAGCGCCGCUUUGAAAAGCAAAGGAUAAAAAAGAAAGUUGCCAAAAAUUAGAUAAUAACUGUGAUCAAAAUAAAAUAGCUUAUCAUCAUUAAUGGCAUUAUUUAUGAAAUAUCAUACGAAAUAGUUGCGUUCAAAAAGCAACAAAUCAUUUUAUUGUUCAAUGAUUUCGCUACUUAUGGUGGUGGUUUGCGUAUUUUACAAGCAAUGUAAAUAAUUUUAAUCGGUAAUUUAAAAGUUGGUUAAAAUACGAAGAAAACGGCCGCUAUAAGUACUUGGAAUGACGAAAAGUAUCCGUGAGUUUUUUCACGUUAUAAAUAAUUAUUAUUUACAUACAUUGUUUAAAAACUUGUCAACACUGUGCUUUAUGCAGGGUUUAGAAAUAUGAUAUUUAUCAAAAUAUUUAUUAACA